GAGGGCGAUGCGCAGCCGAUCAUCAAAACCUAAAACCUCAGCAACUCGCUUACAAAAUAAGCGGGUUUUGGUGGCGAGAGCUGCUGUCUGUAUUAUUCAACAAUUAGGGACGCGGGCGCCCUUUCGAUUUGGUUAAUGACAGAUAUAUCGAUAAUAUCAGACACCGGAUACCACUGCCGAGGAAUUGUUUGAUAUAUUUUGGAAUCAUUAUUUGAGCAGACUGAAAGCAGAAUAAUUAGAAUAUUAUGGCACCAGUCCGUUGGCGGCCAUAGAUCUAGAGCAGAGCGUAUUCUGAGGCCCAUGUCUCUUCUCUGGAAGCCCUAGAACCAGUGUCAUCCUCCUCCUCUUCUGUUGGUGGUGGCUUCCCCGUAGGACCAUGUCGGCAGCACAGACUCAGAAGGACGGUGAAGGCCCCUGGGGACUGGACUCCCUGGGCCUGAGCCAGAGAGAGUUGGUAAUGGCUGAAGCUCUACAGAUGGAGUAUGAUGCCCUGUCAAGACUUAAACAGGACAAGGGUGGGGACAGCCAGGGGACCAGCUGCCAGGGGGUUGGGAAGUUACCUACGCUACCCCCGAGGGAGGGCCAGAGCCAGAUCGAUCGCCCCCUCCCACCCUGCCCCAGCCCUCUUCCUCCAGGAGGGAGUUUGCUAAGAGGGCUGUCUGGUUCGGACCCAUUCCUCAACCACCUUCAGCCUGGGGGGUCCCACUCCCCACGUCCCUCCCCAGCCAGGGCCACUCCUCCUCUGGGAAGCUACAGCAAAGAGCCCCUCUAUAUCCUGGAGAGUUCAGGGAAGGGGGACUACCUGAACUCCAGCUAUGGGCACUCAGGGUCUAGCUAUGGUUCUCCUCUGACUCUGCUUAAAGGCUUCCCCCCUCCUCCGGAUGACCCUCCUCCUGCUGUACCCCCAAGGACCCCUCUACCCCCCUCCACUGAGCCCUUCCCACCCUCCCGACGCACUGUGGCGCCCCGGGAUGUCAACCUGUUCACCCCUGAGGUAGACCAGCCCAAACUGUCGUCAGGGGAGAUGCACAACUACGAGAGCCUCAACGAUGCCCUCUCCAAGCUCAAUGGGGAUUGGCUGGCGCCAAGGGGUAGGCGGGCCAACGGGGACCAAUCAGGGAAGCCGGUGGCUCGGAGUAAGACCCUCCCCCCUCAGGUGCCCCCCCGCACUUACGUACCUAUCCAGAAGAGCAACAAGAACCAGCGCAGAGUGUCGGCCGACCCGGUGUCUCCGGCCCCCAGGCUUAAUGGUUUCGGCUAUGAGCUUUUCCAGGUGUCAGAGGAAAGAGAUGAGGAGGUGGCCGCCUUCUGUCACAUGCUCGACGUGUUGCGGUCGGCGUAUCCAAGCAGCGACCCCUCUAACAACUCUGGGUUUGUGUGGUCGCCUUCAGUGGGGCCUGAAGAGUUGCAACAGGGGUUAGGGGUCAGCGUCAAAGUUACGGUCAUCAGCGACCACAUCAGAGAACCACUCACCUUCACCUGUGAUGGGUCAUCUACAGUGGACUUGUUGAUCUACCAGACAUUGUGUUAUGCUAAUGAGGACCUGGACCACAUCGACGUCGACCACUACCUGCUCAAGGUCUGCGGUCAAGCUGAGUUCCUAGAGAAUUCCCAGACGUUGGCAGAGUUGGAGUAUAUCCAGCUGUGUCUGAAGUUUGACUGGGACAUCCGUCUUUUCCUUACCAAGAGAGGCUCUAUCAACACAGAACUGGGCCGCACGGAUGAUGAUGAUGACACGCCCUCUACGAUGAACCACGGCAUUCUGCUGCAGGAACGACCAAUCAGACAGACCGUUACUAGAGAGGCUUUGACUCUGCUCCUGGAUACCUUUCACAACGAGGCUGAGUCCUUUCUACUAUCAGAGGUGGAGCUUGUGUUGCAUGUGGAACGGUUGGUCCAAUCAGUGAAGGCUCUCUGCAGCUCGCUGGCUGCUGUGGAAACGCCUGACAUCACUUCCGCCCUCAACCAGCUCCCAGCAUGCCCCUGUCGUCUGCAGCCUAGAGUCCAGAAGGAUCCGUCACUGCUGGCCAUCAAAGAGAACAGAGAGAAAGUGGUGGAGAAGCUGACGGCAGCCAUUUUGGAUCUGGUGGAGCUGUACUGUAGCACGUUCAAUGCUAACUUCCACACCACGGUGCAGAGCAACCGGCACACGUCACCCACACAGGAAGCAGGCCUGGUCACCAACGUCCUGUCUUUCAGCGUCUACGCUGCACAUCGCAUCCCCAUCACAUGGGCUGCCAGCUACGAGGGCUUCUUCCUGUCAUGCUCUCUGACCCAUGGAGGGGCGGAACUUUGUGCCCCGCAGCACACCAGCAAACAGCAGGUCAGCAAGUACCUGUUUCACCUGGUGGUCUGGGACCAGAGGGUGUGUUUCCCAGUGCAGAUUAACCAGUUGCCAAGGGAGACCCAGCUGACGGUGACUCUGUAUGCCAGUGCUCUACCACCCCCUGGAGGUGCGGAGGAGAAGGGCAGCAAGCAGCGGAGGAGCAUCGACUCUCUGGGCUGGGUCACCAUGCCCCUCUUCAACUUCAGACACAUCCUGACGUGUGGGAGGAAGCUACUGGGUCUGUGGCCUUCCACCCCAGGAAGUAACACUCGCUCCAGCUCCCCCAACUUCAGCCAGCCUGACAGCGUCAUCCUGCAGGUGGACUUCCCCACGUCGUCGUUUGAGGUGCGCUUUAGCACCCCCCCUCCCGCAGAGUUCAGUCCCCAGUAUGACUUCUCCAGACUCGACCAGCACAGCCAGAGACAACUGCAGGAUGUACUGCACAAGAAAUCACUCUUCUGGUUGACUCCAGAGGACAAGCGUCUGUUGUGGGAGAAACGUUCGUUCUGCCAGUCAGAGAGUGGUGCCCUGCCCCUGGUGCUGGCUAGUGCCCCCCGCUGGGAGUGGGCAUGCCUGUCAGAUAUCUAUGCCCUGCUCCGCCAGUGGGCAUGUCUCAACCACCACGACGCACUGGGCCUUCUGCAUGCCACCUUCCCUGAUCAGGAGCUGAGGCGUACUGCAGUACAGUGGAUGGACACCAUCUCUGACCCUGAGCUGCUGGACUUCCUGCCGCAGCUGGUGCAGGCUCUGAAAUAUGAGUGUUACCUUGAUAGCCCGUUGGUACGUUUCCUGCUACGGAGAGCCAUAGGGGACAUGCGCAUCGCACACUACCUCUUCUGGUUGCUGAAGGACACUCUGCAGGACAGUCAGUUCAGUGGGAGGUACCAGCACCUGUUAGCAGGCCUGCUGUGCUGUGUGGGUCGUGGUCUCAGGGAGGAGUUUGACAGGCAGUGCUGGCUGGUCACCAUCCUGGCUAAAGUAGCCCAACGUGUCCGGGACACCUCUCCCUCCAGCAGACAGGCCAUCCUUCGGGAGGGACUGGAGGAGGUCAGGCAGUUCUUCUCAGUCAGCAGCAGCUGCCGUCUCCCCCUCAACCCUGGCAUGCUGGUCAAAGCCGUCAACAUACAGUCGUGUUCCUACUUCAACUCCAAUGCCGUGCCCCUCAAACUGUCCUUCCAGAACCUGGACCCUCGAGGAGACAACAUCAACGUCAUCUUCAAGUCAGGUGAUGACCUGCGCCAGGACAUGCUGACCUUGCAGAUCAUCCGCAUCAUGAACAAGAUCUGGAUCCAGGAGGGACUGGACAUGAGGAUGGUCAUCUUCAGAUGCUUCUCUACUGGACGAGGCAGAGGUAUGGUGGAGAUGAUUCCCCAGGCUGAGACUCUGAGGAAGAUCCAGGGGGAACAUGGAGUGACUGGUUCCUUUAAGGACCGCCCCCUGGCUGACUGGCUACAGAAACACAACCCUACAGAGGACGAGUAUGAGAAGGCUGUGGAGAACUUCAUUUACUCGUGCGCAGGCUGCUGCGUGGCCACCUACAUCCUGGGUAUCUGUGACCGCCACAACGACAACAUCAUGCUGAAGACCAGCGGUCACAUGUUCCACAUCGACUUCGGCAAGUUCCUGGGACAUGCACAAAUGUUUGGCAACAUCAAACGGGACCGUGCUCCGUUUGUGUUCACCUCUGACAUGGCCUACGUCAUCAACGGAGGAGACAAACCUUCCAGUCGCUUCCAUGACUUUGUGGACCUGUGCUGUGAGGCCUACAACCUCAUCCGCAAACACGCACACCUCUUCCUCAACCUACUGGGACUGAUGUUGUCGUGUGGCAUCCCUGAGCUGUCCGACCUGGAUGAUCUGAAGUACGUCUAUGACGCGCUGAGACCUCACGAGUCUGAGGCUGACGCCACCAUGUACUUCACCAGGUUGAUAGAGUCCAGUCUGGGCAGUGUUGCCACUAAGUUGAACUUCUUCAUCCAUAACUUGGCUCAGAUGAAGUUUGCCUCAUCCGAGGAGCGUCCUGUGCUCUCCUUCGCCCCACGGGUUUACACCCUCAAGACUGACGGACUCAUCCGCAACCUCUUUGUCUGCCGACACAUACGAACCUACAGCCCCGGCAAAGGAUACGCGUUUGUGGUGAAGGUGGAGCGGGAAGGCCAGCAGGGGUCAGUGUUGGUCCAGAGGAGCUUUGAGGAGUUCUAUGAACUACACAGUAAACUACGCCUCAUCUUCCCCUCAUCCAAACUACCCAGUUUCCCCAGCCGCUUUUUGAUUGGGCGGUCUCGAGGAGAGGCGAUGGCUGACAGGAGGAAAGACGAGCUGAACGGAUACGUCUGGCAUCUGGUGCAUGCUGCGCCAGAGGUCGCCCAGUGUGACCUCAUCUACACUUUCUUCCAUCCUCUGCAAAGAGACGAGAAACCUGGAACAGUGGUGAACACACUGCAGAGCAAACCUGCAGAGAUCUGUUGGGGUCCAGUCUCAGGCAAAGUGGUAGGAGAGGUCAAGCUCUCCAUCUCCUAUAAGAGUGACAAGCUCUUCAUCAUGGUCAUGCACAUACGAGGCCUGCAACCCUUGCAGGAUGGGACAGACCCUGACCCCUACGUCAAGCUGUACCUUCUCCCAGACCCCCAGAAAACCGGCAAGAGGAAGACCAAGGCUGCGAGACGCACCUGCAACCCCACCUACAAUGAGAUGCUGGUGUAUGACCGUAUCCCUCGCGGGGACCUGCAGCAGAGGGUGAUCCACCUGCGGGUGCUGGGGGAGGGUGCGUUCUGGGAAAACACCCUGCUGGGCGAGGCCUUCAUCCCCCUGAAGACCCUGACAGCCGGGCAGUGCUGGGCAGACUGGCACCAGCUGGGCACACCCAGCACUGACUCCACACGUUGAGAAUGAGAGUCGGAGGUGGAGGGUGAGAGGGAGAGAGGAACGACUGAUCAGGUUGUGCGUGCACACAGGUGUACGUGAGUGCGUUCAGUUGUUAUGGUCAGAGUUGGCCAGCUUCUCGGGCUGGUUUAUUCCCCCAGUGGGGGUGUGUGUGGACCCGUAUCCUGCCCAGGUGGGAUGUGUGUGUCCUAUGUAGGUUUGAGGUGUGUUUGUGUGUCUGUAGACUCAUUGACUCAUUCGCUCCCGAGUGGCACAGCUGUCUAAGGCACUGCAUCUCAGUGCAAGAGGCGUCACUAUGGUCCCUGGUUUGAAUCCAGGCUUGUAUCACAUCCGGCCAUGAUUGAGAGACCCAUAGGGCGGCGCGCAGUUGGCCCAGCAUUGGCCGGGUUUGGCCCGGGGUAGGCCAUCAUUGUAAAUAAGAAUUUGUCCUUAACUGACUUGCCUAGUUAAAUGAAGGUUAAAUUUAAAAUAUAUAUAUAAUUGACGGUCAAUCUUCACUGGACACUGUAUCCAUGGGACUGUACUGGACUGUAUGGACCUACUUUAAGACUCUCUGAUCACCAUAAGAAGGGAUAACUGGGGCAUGUGAAGAUAACCAGUCUGUUCUUCUCAGUGACUCUGACUUCCAGAAGACUUUUCUCUGGUAACAACAUGGCCUCCCGAAGACCAGGAAGCACGGGGGACCAGUGGGAGGAAAGCAGAGGGCAUUGUUACCUCUCAUGGACCGCUUCUUUCCCCUUCAUCUAGGGGCAACGGAGAGACGUCCAUCUUACCGCCUGGCGAAAAAGACUUUGAAACGGGUCUGGUCCCCUCCAAAGUCCUGUCUUUUAAAAGACAACCGUAAGUUAUUUAUUUUUCAAGUGUUACCCUUCUGUUAGUGCCGCUCCAUUUCGAGCUCUGUUUGGUUGUGUGUGUGUGUGUGUGUGUGUGUGUGUGUGUGUGUGUGUGUGUGUGUGUGUGUGUGUGUGUGUGUGUGUGUGUGUGUGUGUGUGUGUGUGUGUGUGUGUGUGUGUGUGUGUGUGUGUAAAUUUGAUUUCUGUGUGUACCCCAGAUUUAUGCAGAUCGUGAUAUGUGAAUUAUGUUGGAUCCAGUCUUUGUGAUUUGAGAGAGAGAGAGAGAGGGGCGUAGAUGCUUUUGUGUCAUUGUGGGGUAGAGAUGUACAGUACCAACCGGACCUGCCUAUGGUUUGGGUCCUCCCUAACACAUUUUAAAGACUCACGUGACUUUCGUCCACACUCAGCCUGAUUCAGUAGCUCCUCUGCAUUAGAACUUGUUGGAGUGUGCGCUGGUUUGUGUGUGUGUGUGUGUGUGUGUGUGUGUGUGUGUGCGUCUCCCAUUGUUGACUAGCUGUUGUAAUCCAAGCCUUACCUACGCUUCAUUUCGCUGUUUGAUGAUAAUUGACACAGGUCGCUAUUCGAAUUUUAAAUGUAGUACUGUGCGUUGACAUAACAAUGUUGUCUUCAUGGGAGAAUCCUCAAAUCUCAAACGUUUGUUCAAACUUUUUUCUUAUAUCAACGCCUUUGGAAUAUUAUGUUGUUGUCGUUGCAUGAGUGCUUCUACGUCUACGUCUAUGUGGGGAAAAUUAGACGAUUAGCUGGCAUCACGGAUAAACUGCCUGUGCAAAGAAAUGCUCUUUCGGACACUAAACUCUCACGCCAUUCCGACUGUAUGUAGUGGAAAUGUUUCACUUGGUUUUAUUUCUCAUGCAUUUUGAACUUACAUUUGACUUUCGUGGCUUUUUCAAACGACAAAGUGAUCCUGUUCAUGUGUUAUACAGUACUGUAGCUAUAAGGGGGGCAGUGACAGAAGUGCUGACGAAGCAAAUCAAGGUUUUGACUACGUGCACAUUGCUCAACUCAUUUGUGUCUUUCCUCGGGAGAUACUCAGUGAUUUGAUAGUUUGCCAUUUUUGCCAUUGAUAUGUCGCUCUCAUUUUCUUGUGUAAGAGCUGGACACACUGUCCUUGUUUCCCUGGCAGACAGACACUGUGACCUUUCGCAAUGCAAAAUGGCCGCUUUCAGUGGGAAAAUCUGCUUGUGGGUAGAGUUGUUGCUAUUGAGAGGGGAAUAUCAAGGUUAACUCAUGAAUUGAGCAAGAAGGGUUAACCGGUAAAAAAAAUAUAUAUAAAUAACUAGGACAAGGUUCAUUCCUGGUCAGGAAAAAAACAACUCCUGGUGAAAUAUGGUUAAUCGGUGAAGGAAGUUUCUAUAACUAUCGGUAAGAUAAGGACGUCUUGGUGUCCGAUGUUUUCAGAUCACAAUACAAUUACAGACGAAUACAGGUUAAGGCUGGCUUUCUACGGUGUUGAAAUGUAACGCGUAUUUGUUUGGAUCGUUAAACAUACCCGCAUCCAUUGCAAAAGGAAUAUUUAGAUGCUAUUUGUUUUGGUUUGGUUGCAUUAGGCUUUGACAUAACAUACAAUUCACCAGCCCUGUUUUAAAAAGCAUUGAUCUUUUUUCAACAUCUCUGAAAAUGUUUCUUCAUUCAUGAAGAGUAGCUACAUCGCUGUUUUAGAAACAAGGGUAGACCGUUUGAACAGGUGUGUGUUAGAAAUGACAAGAGGAGCUCUUCGACUAAUGGUUGACCUAUCUCAGGCUGUAAGUGCAGUAUUCACACAGGACCAGCAUGCUUAACCCCAACCAACCAGUUUAACCACUGCUCUCGUUCAAAAAACACAACACUUUAUUUGACUGCCCUUUGAAUGUGUCUGGUGGAUAUUUACAUAUUUUGUUUGGUUUCUAGAAAAGGAAGAAUAUUCCCUGGGGGUGUUUCACUACAGUCUGAAUGGCUGUAAUGUGGCUAUAGGCUCUUAGUGUGACAUUUUUAAAUGAUUGAAAGAUGACUUUCUCCAUAUUGAGUGUUGGUAUUUGUUGUGUGCUAAAAGACUGAUGACCGAUAUUAAAGUGAUUUUAAUUUUUUUUUUCUUGUGACAGUUGUACCACUUUGGGGGAAAGGAGGGACACCAUAUGGCUUCCUUCUCCAUGUCUCUUUUUCUUUCUGGUCUUGACACUCUAGCUAAGAGUAGAGUCAAAUAUGGAUCUCUAUGCAGUAUAGGGCUCUGGUUAAAAGUGUUAUGAUAGAAAUGUUGCUCUUGCCUAACAGACCAGUGAUUACACAUGGAAGGAGACCAGGACAGCGGUUCAUUGGAAGUUAUUGGGACUCCCAAACCAAGCACCUACCUGCUAAAUACCAAGUGUAAAUCUGAAAAGAAUGUAUAGGUCUGAGCAAUAUAGUGAAAAUUCUACCAGAAGGUACCUCUCUAGUUCUUUCAGAUCUAUGUGAAGUGCCUAGGUGUAGGGGCUAGGGGUCCAUUUGGGAUGGGCAAGAGUUUGACCUGAGUCCUUCCAGGUCAGCUCCAAGGGACUGAACUCUGACCUCUAUGGAAUGCUGGGAAAACGGGACCGAAUGUAAGUUCAAAAUGAACUGGAUCUUGUGUACUGUAAAUACUGAGAAUAUCAUUAAUGUGAUUUCUUUCUUUUAUUCAGGAUAUAGUUUUACCCCACAUCUUAUGCUUUAGACUUUAAAAUUGUAUUGCAUUUUCUUCUUUUUUUGACCAUGUUUUGUAAUAUUGUUUGCACUAAAUAAUAACAAAAUAAACUUGAAUCUAAAAGA